AUAUAUAGAUAUAUAUAUAUAUAUACCCGCACUCCAAAAAGAAUACUUGUAAUUAGAAAUAAAUUCCACCGUUAGAAAGAAAACAACAAAGAACACCGCAAAAAUGUCAUCCCGUUCCAAAGAGAGAGUUGUUACCGCGAUUCGUAAGAUCUUCCACAAGUCCAGCAACAACAACAACAAUAACAAUAAUAAUAAUAACAACAACAACAACAACCAUAACAACAACCACAGCAGCAACAGCAACGACAAGAGCUGCGAUAAGACCGAUGGCCCAGAGCACAGCACCAGCAGCAUGAACAACAACAACAAUAAUAACAACAACAGCAGCAGCAAUGUUGAUGUUGCGGCCGCAGCCAGCGGUGGUGCAGCCGCUGGAGCAGCAAGCGAGGCUGCAGCUGCUGCUGCACCUGGUGCCGCCACAGCUGCCCAGCUAAGUCCAAAGAACGCCAUCGUGCGCGUAGCCGCCGAGCAGGCAGUGUGCGAAUCGCCGGGCAAACGUCGUCGUCAGGAUCACAAAGUGGCGCCCGCUGCAGGACGCUCGCUGUUGAUGCCGCCUGAUGCCUCCAUACGCUCGCGUCGCCUGAUGAAGGAGUAUCGCGAAAUGGAACGCCUGCAGACCAAAAACGAUGCAGUUUUUACGGUGGAACUACUCAAUGACAGCUUAUUUGAGUGGCAUGUGCGUCUGCAUGUCAUCGAUCCGGAUUCGCCGUUGGCCAGCGACAUGGUUGAGAUGAAUGUGCCGGCCAUUCUGUUGCAUUUGAGCUUUCCCGACAAUUUCCCCUUUGCGCCGCCCUUUAUGCGCGUUGUGGAGCCGCGCAUCGAGAAGGGUUACGUGAUGGAGGGUGGCGCCAUAUGCAUGGAACUGCUUACACCGAGGGGCUGGGCCAGCGCGUAUACCGUCGAGGCGGUCAUCAUGCAGUUUGCAGCCAGCGUGGUUAAGGGUCAGGGUCGAAUUGCGCGCAAACCGAAAAGUACAAAGGAGUUUAGUCGUCGCCAAGCAGAGGAGUCAUUCCGGUCACUGGUCAAAACACACGAGAAGUAUGGCUGGGUAACGCCCGCUCUGGCCGAUGGCUAAGGAAACAGUCUCAACUGAAGAACCCCGCCGCUCGCGAUAGCAGCUCAUGCGUUUGCCAACUUAGUCAACUAAAAGAAUGCAACUCGAUUUCCAUUUACAUAUACACCGCUCAUUACGAUACUGCAAAAUAGUUGUAGGAUGCUUAUACUGACUAUUGAUUUCAUUUCGUAUUUUAUUUCCUCAAGUAAGAUGUAAGCGAUUUCAAUUGUUGCAAAUGAAUACCAUCCAAGGAGAUAAAUCCAAGAAUCCAAGAAAAGGAACAGGCGUCAACUAACAAAGAAAUUAACUUAAAAUGUAAUUUAGCUGUAGAACAUCCAUGGAAAUUACGCAAUAGCAAACAACAAAAUAAUAAUGAAAAAAAAGAA